UGGACAUCCGGGGCUCGGCCACGGGCAAGAAAUGAGCCGCUCCCUGAGUUCCGGUCGGUCUGCAGAGAACAGGAAGACUUGACCAACUUAAAGGAAGCCAAUGUGAAGGCUUGUUGACCCGGUUACACUGACAUCGCUACAGCUGAGCGUUGGUAGUGGAACCAAAUAAGAGCAAAAUACACUGCCAAACUUCUGAUCACCCCCCUAGACCCGACUGGACCAGGACCUGACCGGACCAGUACCAGGACCAGCACCAGGACCGGACCAGGUCCCCUCCUCAGUGCAGAAGACAUGGCUCGGCUCUGGUUGGCGGUUGUCCUCACGUCUGGGAUGCUUCAGUUCUGUUUCUCCUUUAAUCUGGACGUGGAAAACCCCGCCGUGUUCUCUGGACCAGAGGGGAGCUACUUCGGCUUCUCGGUGGACUUCUUCAAGACCGCCAACAACCAGAAGUCAGACGUGUUGGUAGGGGCUCCAAGGGCUAACACCACGGAGGACAGUGCUGUGGUGGAGCGAGGGGCGGUGUACAGCUGUCCCUGGAGCUCUGCAGCCUGUGAGCAGCUCCACUUCGACAGCACAGACAACAGGAAGUCUGCUGAAGGAGUACAGAUGGAGUUUAAGUCCAGGCAGUGGUUCGGAGCAUCGGUCCGUUCGGACGGGGAGCACAUCCUGGCCUGUGCUCCUCUGUACCAGUGGUCAACCUACAGCUAUGCAGAGAGAGAGCCGGUGGGAACGUGCUUCCUGAAGAAAGGAGAAGCAGUGGUGGAGUACUCUCCCUGCCGAUCCACCGAGGCCUCUCCUGAAGGCCAGGGGUUCUGCCAGGCUGGUUUCAGUGCAGACUUCCUCAAGAACAAUACAAGAGUGGUGGUCGGAGGCCCAGGCAGCUUCUACUGGCAGGGUCAGCUGAUCUCUGAUGAUGUGUCAGAGGUCUUCACUCGCUUUGACCAGAAAAGCUUUAAGACUGGCUAUGCGAACACACUGGCUACCAAGUCAGCCAGCGCCCAGUACGAUGACAGUUACCUAGGGUACUCUGUGACUGUUGGAGACUUCAACAAAGACGGACGAGAGGACUUCAUCACUGGGGUGCCGAGAGGGAACAAUGCACUAGGAUACGUGAACAUCUUUAAUGGUCUCAACAUGCAGUCCAUGAUCAACUUCACUGGAGCCCAGAUGGCGGCCUACUUUGGCCACUCUGUAGUUGCUUCUGAUGUCAACAACGAUGGGACUGUGGAUCUGUUGGUGGGAGCUCCUCUCUUCAUGGGCCGAGGCUCGGAUGGCAAACUGAGGGAGGUGGGGCAGGUGUCUGUGUACCUGGGGAGAGGUGGUUUCUCCUUCGGUCCCGCCCAGACGCUGACUGGCUCCGAGAUCUAUGCCCGCUACGGCUCAGCCAUCGCGGCCCUCGGAGACCUGGACAUGGACGGAUACAACGAUGUGGCGGUGUCAUCCCCUUACGGGGGUCCCAAGCAGCAUGGGCUGGUCUACAUCCAUAAUGGAGGCCCCGGGGGGCCCUCCCCCUCUGCCUCACAGGUCCUGCAGGGUGUUUGGGCGUCCAGCUACAUGCCUGCUAGCUUUGGCUACGCGAUAACUGGCAACACUGAUAUAGACCGAAACGGAUACCCAGAUCUUAUAGUUGGAGUGUUUGGGGCGGACAAGGCUGUUUUAUACAGGGCUCGUCCUGUCAUCGGUGUGAAUGCCACCCUGGACAUCACUCCUCAGAUCCUCAACGCAGAAGAAAAGAGCUGUACCCUUCCUGGAACUAGCACCAAGGUGUCCUGUUUUAGGGUGAAGUACUGCCUUGAGGCCGGCGGGAUGGGAGCUCCAGCCAUCCUGAGUUUCAGGGUGGACCUGGUUCUGGACCGUCUGAAACACAAGGAGGCUACCAAGCGAGUCCUGUUCCUCCACAGCGGAGCCUUCCAGUACGCAAAGAACAUGAGCGUGUCCAACCGCCUUGGGUUUGCCUGCGAGGAGCUGGAGGCCUACCUCAAAGAUGAGGGGGAGUUCCAGGAUAAGAUCACUCCCAUCUCCGUCGUGAUGGAGUUCAGUCUGGACUACAAGCUGGCAGCGGACAGCACCGGCCUGCUGCCAAUCCUGGACAUGAAGGCUCCUUCCAACCUCACCAAACAGGCUCACAUCUUGCUGGACUGUGGUGAAGACAACAUCUGUAAGCCCGACCUCAGGCUGUCUGUGAAGAGCGACAGGAAGCAGCUGUACAUCGGCGACGACAACGAGCUGACCCUGGAGAUCAGCGCAGAGAACUGGGGGGAGGGGGCGUACGAGGCCGAACUACGCGUCUUUCCGCCCCCCCAGGCCGACUACACCACGGUGGUCCGCAGCCAGGCUCUAUCCAGGCUGUCAUGUAACUCCAAGAAGGAUAACGAGACCAGAGUGGUGGUGUGUGAGCUGGGAAACCCCAUGAAGGGAGGAGCCAAGGUCCUGGCGGAGCUGCGCUUCAGUGUCCACCAGCUGUCAGAACAUGACACCUUCGUCCAGUUUGACCUGCAGAUCUUCAGCUCCAACCAGUUCAACAACAGUAGCCCACUGGUAUCCAGCAGGACCAACCUGACUGUGCUGGCCAAGGUCAACAUCAGAGGCGCGUCUGUUCCAGACCAGGUGUUGUUACCAAUAGCCAACUGGAAGCCCAGAAACCCCCCGGUGUCAGGAGACGACAUCGGACCCCAGAUACUACACGUAUACGAGCUUCGCAACAGUGGUCCCAGUGCAUUCAGUAAGGCCAUGCUGGUGGUGGACUGGCCAUAUCUCUAUGGCAACGGCUCUCUGCUUGACAUCAUUUCCUAUGACGUCGACGGACCAAUCAACUGCACCACAGACGUGGAGAUAAACACCUUCAACGUGUCCAAGCUGGUCUCCGUGGAGAAGCCUGGAGACCGAGGGAACGAGGGCCGGCAGCCAAACCACAUCCACAAGAGGGCCCUGGAGGAGCCCCGGCCCCAGGACCACCUGCAGAUCCUGGACUGCACCACUGCAUCAUGCCUGAAGCUGCGUUGCCAGGUUGGCCGCCUGGAGCGAAACCAGGGUGCGACGCUGUUCAUCUACUCAAGACUGGCCGUCAACAACUUCCUCAGGGCAGAGAACCAGAACAGGUCCUACACGGUGAGGUCUUCAGCCUCCUUUAGUGUGAUCGAGAUGCCGUACAAGAAGCUGGUGUCUGAGAUGCCCUCCAACAGCACCACCUUGAGCGUCUCGGUGCUCUGGUUGACUGACAUGCCCCCCCCCGUCCCGGGCUGGAUCGUAGCGCUUGCUGUCCUGGCCGGACUCCUGCUGUUGGCCCUGCUCAUCUUCAUCAUGUACAAGGUGGGUUUCUUCAAGAGGGUGCGACCCCCGCAGGAGGACUGUACGGAGAAGGAGCAGCUGCAGCCGGAGGAGAACGGCAACGCCGAUGCCUAGUGGCGCUCCGGGAACACCUACUACUUGGAGGAUUCUGGGUGACGUAGUCGCGUCCCCUGACGAUACGACUGCGCUCCAGUGCCAUGAUGUAGUUCGAUUUCCUUUGAUGUGGUGAUGAUCCCAUGUUGUUUCCUACUGAGUAAACCUGCAGCAGGUCUAUUAACACCAAACAUCACACAAAACUUACAAUGCUUACUUUCAAUUUCAGAAUAAGCUGAUUUAUGGUGGAUAGUGUGGUGGUUUUCAAACUUGCAUUUCUGCCUUUAAUUGAGAUGAAUUAACCCAUAGCUCAGCAAAGUAAUGAUUUAUAAAUCACGUCUUGGGUUCUAGCUGCCGCCUGUAGAUCAUGGCUGCUAUUAAGUUUGGCUCAAGCACCGGCAGUCAUUUAUUUACAGCUUUUGUGUGCAAAUUAUUCCAAUUAUUCUGUCUAUAUGUGCUUUCUUUCUAUAAGGUGUGUGAUUUAGCUUCUCACUAAACACAUUAAAUGAUAAUGAGCGUUGUUGUGUGCGCCACACACUGCGGUGUUAUGAGAUGGACUGUGUGUGUUAAUGUCCGGUCCAAGAAGCUUAAUCCUCUUGGACCGGACAUCAAAAUCAACCGCUUGCUAAACGGAGCUCCACACUUCACACCGGGGUGUUAUAGGAGUUAUAUAUUUACUGAGCUAUAUAUAUAUAUAUAUAUAAGAGCUCCCCACCUCCACACACAUCAUGGCAUUAUAGGAGUUCUAUAUAAGACCUCGACACACACCGUGGUGUUAUUUGAGUUCCACACACACCGUGUGUGGAGUCUUCACUCAUAUAACACUUCUUCACUCACUGGGGAAUUCAGAUGGUUGCAAUCUGCACCCUCACCGGUAGUGGUAGUGGAAUUUCUAAUUAUAAAUAUGUACAAUCCAUAACGUUAGCUCUCUGGCUCAUAGUUCAGCGGACUAGAAUAUCUCCCGUUGCCAAGUCGUAGCUAAGGUCCGUCCUAUUUAGUGGAAGAGUGAGCAACGUUUCCGUUGCAUAAGAACCUUACGGGAGGGUAAAAACUUUAUAUUUGGAUUGUAAAACGCAUGAAAAUAUAAAUUAAUGAUCUUAAUUUCUUUUCUUUGGCAAGUUACCAUGGUAUAAGCGGGAUAAUGCCCUUCGAGGUGUCCAAAACAUGUUUGAUCGAUCGUAAUUAAAGUGGACUACUUUUUGAGGGAGAUGAUCCCAACCAGAGUAUACAUUUAAUAAGCUUGAAAUACGAAUAAGAAAAAAGCAUAAUUAUUCAAGUAUUUGAAUUGUUUUAUUAUGUUGUCAAGCAAGAAGUAGAAUAAACAGGAUAAUCACCUCAAGUCAGGGCAAUAAACAGUUUGAUGUGCCCGGCUCGUGGAAGGUUACCGGUAAGCCGUCCACGAGCCGGGCAUAUCAAACUGUUUAUUGCCCUGCCUUGAGGUGAUUAUCCCUUACUUAACAAUGCUAACACUGGAGUGCGUUUAUCUCUGCUUUGUGCUGUAUUAGCCCAACACACUCUUAUGUAUUGAUGAACCAGAUCCCGCUAGAACCUUUCUUCUCGUCGGUCAACCAGGCGGCAUUGAAGCCGAGAUAUAUAUACAAGGUAGCCUGGUCCUACCAGACGUUCGUACUUCAUUUCAUUUGUUCAGAGAGUCUGGGCCUACUCAAUUGACAAACGUUAACUCAUUUGAAGAAGGGUGUCUGUUGAAGUUUAAAGCUAUUGGAUCUGCCCAGUGCCAAUCUGGAUCUGCCAUAACCAUUUGCUAAUGUUUGGUCGGGAAUCACGUUGCGCAUCAAAUUUAGACAGAGAAAAUCCACUAACAUACCGCUAUGGCAAGCCGAUUGGACAUAAAUUCGCUAGACUGGAUAUGUGUUGCAGAUAUCUGCAAUUCAGUUUCGCCUAGUCAAAACUAACAUUUCGGAUAUCCGCAACUACAUUCCUCCUAUCCACAAUUGUCAUUUCAGAUAUCCACAAAGACAUUCCUCCUAGGAGAAAUGACGUCAUUUUCGCCAUUCAUGUCUAUGGGGUUUCUCAUUGCAGAUAUCUACAAUUCAGUUGCGGAUAUCCACUUUGUGAAUUACGGAUAUAUCUGCAACUGAAUUGUAGAUAUCUGUAAUUCCAGUUUGAGAUAUCUACAAUUUGAUUCUGACUAGUCAUAAUUCCAGUUCAAGAUAUCUUUAAUUCACCUCAAUUCAAGUUAUCUACCUGUCCCUUUUCAGAUAUCUUAAAUUAAGUUUGGACUAGGCGAAAUGACGUUGUAGAUAUCUCUAACUGGAGUUACGACUAGUCAAAAUGACGUUGUAGACAUCUCAAACUGGAGUUAGGGAUAGUCAUAAUUUAAUUGUAGAUAUCUAUUAUCAAGUUAUAGAUAUCUUGAAAAGAAUUUUGAUUAGAGAUGUCUAAAAUUGUAGAUAUCUCUAAUUUUCAUUCCGCCUAGUCAAAAUCUAAUUACAGAUAUCUUGAAUUUGAGUUUUGACUGGGCAAAAUGACAUUACAGAUAUCUUGAAUGAAAAUUCCAACUAUUCAAAAUUUAAUUACGACUAGUCAGAAAGAAGUUGUUGAUAUCUACAAUGUUAAUUCCGGAUAGUCAAACUUAGUUAAUAAAUGACAAUUUGGCUUGCCAUAUACCGCAGACCCAGACCUUGUACUGAAGGGAAAUUCAAAUUGAGCGGAAGUACUUAGGCGGGUGGAGCCAGGCUAUAUACAAGGUAUAUCACGACCACAAUGGGAAGGUACCGCCCACUGCUAGAGCCUCCCUCUGAACAGCAACGGUUAAAUAUCUGCCUGCAUUGAGAGGGAACCAGGGUUCUCUUUGCAUGGAAAUAUGGUAGUAUGUAACCUUGCAUGUGACCUAAGGUGGAAACAUAAUAGUAUGUUACCUAAGGAAGAAACGUGCUAGUAUGUUACCUAAGGCAGAUCUACUGGAUCCUGCUGCUGUGUGGGGAAGAGGCAAUAAUACCAUUCCCUUGAGAACGGGACCUUUAUUCCUAUUUGAUUUACAUUUCAGGGUCAUCAGGGUGGUGUUGUUAGAUUAGCUUUGACUAACUUUGGGGUGGUAUUAGCCAACAAUGUGCCAUAACAUGCAGGGGUUUGUAGAUGCUUAGUAGUUUUCAAUAAUGGUAUUAAGUAUGAUUAUAUAUGUUACGUUUUUUUAUGUAUUGGUACUAAUGGCUCUUGGUACAUUUUUGUAGUUGUGAUUUAAUCAUUUCUCCAUAACAACUUUGAAUGUGUGUGUGCGUGCGUAUGUGGAGAUAUUCAAUAAUUUAUACAAUGAUUUUAGCAUGUGGAGAAUACAAAUAAUUGAUGGAAUGGUUUUAGCAUCGAUUUGCCCAUAUUGGGUACACAUUCAUACCAUGGAUUUAAAAUAAGUGAUUAUUAAAACAUUGACUACAAAUAAAAGUGCAAAAUCAAAUCUAUAAACAAACUCAAGUUUUCACCCAUGUGACCCGUGACCCCCCCUCCAGGAGGUAUGGGGGGCAAGGAGACAGUAGAGCGAUGCCCAUCAUGUCAUAAUCCAGUUUAAAGCACAUACCCUCCUGCCUCUCCAAGAGUCUUGACAGAACCAGACCCCUCACUGACCACCUUGGUUGCUAUAGCAUCACUUUGUUGUCCUUUUCUAUCAGAGCGUCACAAGGCUAACUAUUUUUAUGAUGCAAUGUUUUCUUGCACGUUGGGCUCCAAAUGAUUAUUAAUCAUGACCGAGACGAUUUCACGUUUGAACUCUAAUAAACCUAUUUGUUUAAUCACA